GCUGCGCAGCCUGGGAUUUACCUCCUGCAAAACCAAACCGUUCCGCAGCCGCCCAUGGGGCUGCUUCUCGCCUCCAGCGCAAACAGCAUCAAGAGGCGCGGCCGCAAUCCAGAAGGACGUUGCAAACCCCGGGGGUGGUUGCAGAGACGUUUUGCAAACACCGCGGUCCCAGUUACUCUGCACUUGGCCCGGGCCAGUCCAAGCAGGGCGAAGCAGCCACAGCCGCGGGACCCCAGCCACCCCCGGAGUUUGCAGGGGAGGUUCAGAGUUCCUGGUAUCAAACCUCCGCUUUUAACGAUGCUCUUGUUAAGUGGGAGAAAGAUUGCCACCUCUGCCUCCAAGUCUCAUAUCCUCUUAUAUAUCUUCCUCUUGAGCCAAGAGAGAGACGGUGAGGGGCUACAGAGAUAUUGUUGGCUUAAAAAUGGAUGAACCACUAGUCCUCAAACCAGUGGACCUGUUGGAGGAACCAGGCAAGACCCCUCAUGUUCUCCAAACUGGGAGCCUCAGAAAAUUAUCUGGUAGGACACCAGCGCAGCAAAAGGUGAAACAGGAACCUGGUGAAGGCCUACUGCAGUGUUGGGAGGCUCAGUGGCAGCAGUUCCUGAAGGAAGUGGAAUCCCCUCACUCACGAUGGGGACUCCUGCAACUGCCAGAGGAGCCAGCGCCCUGGGAUGAUGCCGUGGCUUUCUUGGCCUCCUUUGAACAAGUGGCAGAAGCCUGCAGGUGGCCCAGGGGAGAGUGGGUGACCCGGCUCCUGCCAGCACUCAGUGGGCAGGCUGAGUGGACUUUUAGUGGCUUGGAUGUGAGAGACAAGGGAGACUAUGGGAAGGUGAAGGCAGCCAUCUUGCGAGGGGAUGCCCUCAGCAGGGAGAAGCAGCGCCAGUACUUCCGGCGCUACUGCUACCAGGAAGCCGAUGGUCCGAGAGGUGCUCACAGUCGUCUCCAAGAGCUGUGCCAUCGGUGGCUGAAGGUUGAGCGGCACACCAAGGAGCAGAUCCUGGAGCUGCUGAUCCUGGAGCAGUUCCUGACUAUCCUGCCCUCUGAGAUCCAGACCUGGGUGAGGGAAUGUGGACCAGAUACUUGUUCCCAGGCAGUGGCCUUAGCUGAGGAGUUCCUGCAGAGGAAACACAAAGCAGAGAGGUGGGAGCAUCAGGAACUGAUGCUGUUGGAGGAAGGAGCAGGGAAUUUUCCUGAUGCAGAGACUGCUCCAUUGAAUCCCAGCCGAGACCAACCCCACAGGGAAGCCAAGGAGGAGAGAGACAGCAAUAGCAGCCUCUUAGAUUGCAGUCAAAUGAAUAAUAGACAGGAAAUACCUGAGCAAAUAGUAACGGCCUGGGCAUGCAAAAGAAGAGCUACUGAGACCUGUUUGCACAGUCCUGAGCCAGGAACUGUUUCUCAGAAUCAACACAGACCAAAGAUUUCACCAGGGAACCAUGUCAGAAACAGACCGGUGCCCUCCAUUUCUUCUACAACAAACUGGAAGAUAAUCAAUGAAACCCCAUCACUGCAGAUGCAAAAUCCAAGUGAGGCCUUGAUGGAAGGCUUCAAGCAGAACUUGGCCCUUUCAAAAGGAGGCAGCGUUCCCAAUCAGGAGAGGCUCUACAAUAAAUGCUCCACCUGUGGCAAAACCUUUAGCCAGAGUUCCCACCUGAACUUUCACCAGAGGAUCCACGAUAUGGAGAAACCCUACAAAUGUACACAGUGCGGAAGCAGCUUCCACUCACGCCAAGGCCUUAUUUACCACCAGCGAAGCCAUGCAGGGGAGAAGCCGUACAAGUGCUCUUUCUGCGGGAAGACCUUCAGCCAGAGUUCACACCUCCUAGUUCACAGGAGAAGCCACACGGGGGAGAAGCCCUUCAAGUGUUUGUCCUGCGGGAAGUGCUUCAGCCGCAACUCCCUCCUGACCAUCCAUGAGAGAACCCACACAGGCGAGAAGCCCUACAAGUGCUCCCAGUGCGGCAGCCGUUUCCACUCUGGCUCUGGCCUCAUUAACCACAAGCGAAUCCAUGCUGGGGUGAAGCCUUACAAAUGUCUGGCCUGCGGGCGGGAUUUUGUCCGGAAGGCUCACCUCAUUCGGCACCAGAGUGUUCACACUGAUGAAAGGUCAGCACCUGAGGAUCCUGUCUAGAGGAAAGCAUUUCCUUCAAAAAAUUAAUGAAACAGAAGAAAAGGGAAAGAGAAGCCGCUACUCCUGUUUGAAUCCAUGCAGUAUUUCACCUCAUAGUGAAAAGAACCUUGAGGGGCUGGGAAAGAAAAGUCCUCAGGCAGAA